AUGCCUCAAUACUUUGCAAUUAUUGGUAAGACUGACAAUCCAGUGUACGAAGCACAGUUUAUAUCGACACAGAAGAAGGAUGGAACGCAAGAAUUUCCGUCUGAUUUGAAAGAGCUUAAUCCAUUUAUCUUACAUGCAUCAUUAGAUAUAGUGGAGGAUCUUCAAUGGCAAAUGUCCCCCAUAUCAAGUGAAGGUAAUGUGUCCGUUUCUAGAGGAGGUUUUCUUCGGUCCAAGAAUGCAAGCACAGCUGAUAACUGUUAUUUGGGUAAGAUCGAUCAUUUUUACGGUCUUGCUAUAACUGCAUACAUAACGUACAGUGGAAUGAAAUUUGUCAUGAUCCAUGGCACCUCAACAAACACGAAUGAGGCCAUUGAUGACAACAAUUGCAGGAUAUUCUAUCAAGAAGUUCAUGAGCUAUAUAUAAAGACAUUGAUGAAUCCCUUUUACAAUGCCUCUGAGCCAAUUACUAGCCCUAUUUUUGACCUUAGAGUACGACAACUAGCGAAGAAAUAUUUAAAAUGA